AUGCCCAGAUCUACCCACCAUCAGUUGUCAGCCCCGUCCUCCUUUUCUGCUUGGCGAUCUGACCCGGCUUCCCAAAACCCGCCCCUCGAUUAUUCCGGGAUUGUGCGCGCUUCUGACACACCAAUUGGACAAGAACCUCGCCUGUCGUGGUCAUCCCAGCUGCAUCAAAAUCAGACACUCCGGCGCACCGCGCUCACUGGGCUAGGGUCACUCACCAACCAGUGCUUUGAGUUCCAGGGCACCAUCUACCGUAUGGGUGACUGGUUGAUUCCUGAACUCCCAAAGGGUGUAUAUGAACCCGCGCCAGAACAGCCCGUGCCCCCCAUGGGUGGGCAGUGGCUUGGGGUUGUCAUGGACUACUCUGUAAACUGGAUCUGGACCGAAGGCCACCAGAUUCAGAUUACACACGGCCACCCAGAUGUGCAGGUCAUGCGUGUCGUUGGGAUCUCUUGGACUUACGGCGUCCACGACAUUCGACAACUCUUGGUAGGGAAAAUUCCGCACCAUGAGGAGAUUGCGGUCAACAACCCCACAGAGGAAGCCACUCUGCAAGAACUCCUCAAUGGCGAUACUUACGCCAACACGCGGUACUUCAGUGAUGAAGUGGAGUGGUUCCCACUCACCCAGCUCAUGGAUUUCAGCUUAACUGCCAAGAAGGCUUGGCACAGCCUUCCCACGUCAUGGACGGUGCAAAGGGGAUUGCGUUUUAUCAAGUCCCUUUUGAGGGUCCCUGGAUCAGCAUCAACGUUGGACCAGGUGUUGUUCGUCGACAAAAUGGUGAAAACAAGCCUCGCCAUCCCCUGGCACCUCAGCGCCUCCACGACCCACAAGGGGGAUCAGAUCGACCAUUGCAUAUGUGUUACCGUGUGGCAUACUUGGAUGAGCAGGACGAGGACGAGGACGAGGACGAGGAUGAGGAGGAGGAGGAGGAGGAGAGGAGAGGAGGAGGACGAGGAGGAGGAGGAGGAGGAGGAGGAGGAUGACGACAACAACAACAACGAUGACGAUAUGCCCAGUAUUGAGGGCAGCAAUGACGAAGGUGACCCUCAAGAUGAACCACAGCAGAGUAAGGAGGAAGAUGAGCCCAUGGGCGACGUCACUGGGAGUGAGGGUGGCAUGGACAUGUAG